AUGGCGACUUCCGGAAUCAAGCAGAAGAUCAUCAAGAAGCGCACGAAGAAGUUUCGUCGCUUCCAGCAGUCUACGCUGAACAAGACCAAGGGCAACUACUUCAUCCGCAUGCGCACGGGAUGGCGCAAGCCCAAGGGUAUCGACAACAGAGCCCGCCGAAAGUUCCGCGGCACAACCAUCAUGCCCAAGAUCGGUUACGGAUCCGCCAAGAAGACCAAGCACAUGCUCCCGAACGGAUUCUACAAGUUCACGGUACUCACCUACUGCUGUGAGCCUUCUCCUCAUGUGGAAAUGUUUAAUAUACAGCGUUAAAUGCAGUGCCUAGAAUUCCUCUCACGAAAAACAUGAUGCUAUCUAAAUUUGCGAUCCCGAGUUGCAUCUAAAAAUCGCAUCUAAAUGACAUCAUCCAAAUCUUCACCUCAAAAAAAAACCCCAAACAGGUUCAGCAAGUUUCCGAUUUGGAUAUGUUGUUGAUGCACAACGGCAAGUUCGCUGUGGAGUUGGCCCACAACUUGUCCUCCCGCAAGCGUCGUGAGAUCGUCGAGAAGGCCGAGCAACUCGGUCUCCAUAUCACGAACAAGUUCUCUCGUGUCGCCGCUGAGGAGGCAGCUUAAGUGCUGUUGCGAUGGGGACUGAAGGGUUCUGCUGAGAAGGAGAUCGGCUCAUCUUCAGUGGAACUGCUCAUCUCUGAAGAGAUUGACUGCUGAGGAGAUUGACUGCGCAAGUCUAAAGGAGGAAAAGGCUCGAUUGACUGCAUUGUGGAAGGGAUGAUUGGCGGAGAUGAUUGGCGGAGAGAAUCGUCUCUUCUGGAGUUGGCAAUGUAUGAGGAGAACGUCACUUCCUGAAAAUCACAUGUUUGAAUGAAAAGAAGGCGAACGCUCGCGAGAAAACAACGUCGAACAGUCUCUCUUGGAGUUUACCAUGUGUGGAGUUGUCUACCAAAAAGAAAGCGCUGGAGGCGCAUGUGUCCCUUUUCUGGGAGAUUUGAAGUCAUCGCCAAAUGUGUGUUCGGGAAGGUCUUGUGAAAAAGACAUUUCUGUGCUCCCGUCAUGCCACUUGACCCAAUACUGUCCUCAUUCGCCGGGCGAUCUGAAA